AAUGUGAAACCCCAAUUCCAAUUUUAAACAUUUUGAAUGCAAUUGAUUGGAGUGCAAAAGCAUGGGAAAAUGUAACUGAUGAUGUGAUUUAUAGAUGUUGGGAAAAAACAGGUAUUCUACCUGAUAAUGAAGUUGACCAACCUAUUACUAUGGAAGUUGUUUCUGAAAUAGAAGAA